AGGAGAACAGAGCAGAGCGGGGCAGAGCAGAGCGGGGCAGAGCCGGCGCGCCCGGGGCGCUCUCGGCACCGGAGGAGGAGCCCGGGGGAAUCGAAACCGCGCGGCCGCUGCGCUCCGCCCCGCGCCGCGCCAUGGCCGCCGUCACCGAGCUGGAGGGGCUGGAGCUGCACUGCUCCUGCUGCCUGCAGCUCUUCGCGGAGCCCGUGCGGCUCACGGGCUGCGGCCACAGCUUCUGCCGGGGCUGCAUCCUCCGCUACUGCGCGGGGCGGCCCCGCGCCCCCUGCCCGCUCUGCCGGCGCGACUUCGAGCUCCAGCACCUGCGGCCCAACCGCGAGCUGGCCGUGCUGCUCAGCCUCAUCCCGUGGGAGCUGAAGGAACAGUUGGAAACACAGGAGGAGCUGAAAGCCUAUGGAGCUGCUGCCUGCAAGGACCUGAGCUCGGCGGGGCGGGGUCGUGGGGAGAAGGAGGAAGAGAUAUGGGAGAGCUCCAAGCAACAAGAAAUAACUGCAGAGACCAUCCACCUGUUGAGGAAAGAUCUUAAUAAAACAAAGGAAUAUACAUCUCAGAUCAAAAGCCAGAUUAUUAAAGAUUUCUGUUGCAUGAAGGAAUAUGUUGAAAGACAGGAGAGAAACACACUGAUGUUCAUUGAACAGCAGCAAAAAGCUGCUCAACAGAAAAUUGAAGACACUAUUCACCAGCUCACAGACAUCAAAGCCCAAACUAGAGACUUAUGUGAGGGGCAGAGGUACGAAGGCUCACCUUUGACAAUAAAUAAAAUUACACUUGAUGAAAAGCUUAAUGUUGUCAAAAGUGCUGUAGAAGAUCUUAAGAGAAAGUUGGAAGUUUUACUCUUGGAGAAUUAUGCUCCGCAACUCCCACCAGUGCAUCCUCCAGACUUAUCCCAGGAGCCAAGUGUCAGCUUAUCAUCUCCAGAGCCUGCAGCUGAAAGUCCUGAACCAAGCAUUUCCAGCCAAUUUUCUCAGUGGGCAGAUGAUGUGACUUUUGACCCCACAAGGGUACACGAGCGCUUGGCACUCACAGCCCAGAACAGGAGAGUGAUGGUUUCCAGCUGCCUGACCAGUUAUCAACCAUCACCCAAAAGAUUCUGCAUCAGCCAAGUCAUGUGUUCACAGGGCUUCUCUACAGGGUGCCACUACUGGGAAGUAAUUACCAAGGACAGUGAUGGAUGGGCUGUUGGAGUUGCUCAUGAAAUGAUUGGUAAAAGGGACAAAUUGGGAAGAACUGAGCAUUCCUGGUGCAUAGAAUGGCUGGGUCCUAGAAAGCAGCUGUCAGCAUGGCAUAAGGAUCAAGAAACAUUAUUGCACAAGGACAAACCACUGAAGGUUGGAGUUUUCCUGGAGCUACAAAGGAAGACUGUGUCAUUUUACUCCAUCGAUGACAAAGAAAUGCUUUUGCACACCUUUGAAAUCAGUACCUCAAAUCCUCUCUACCCUGCUUUCUGGUUGUACACUCUAGAAAGAAAUGGAUCUUUAACUCUAAGUCAGCCAAACAGGAGAUAAAGCCUACUGAGUUUUGCCAAUGACUGCAGAGUUUCUAUAAAAGCCUCAGUGUUUAGCACAGGAGUGUACCAAGGAAUGAAUACAUGACUACCCAGGUUUUCCUGGGAAUCAGCCACUGAUACUUCUGUCUGCUCUGCUUCUCUUCGUGCUGUGCUCUGGUCUAGCCAUACUUCAUUGAAGCAAUGUCAGCCUAUGCCAGUAACCACCCCUGUAGGAGUCAGGUGGGUUUCUCAAGCAGCUUUUAGUCCCAGGAUAUUCCUAGGAAAGAGUGACCUAAGAAAGCUCUAAUGUUUGGGAUAAAAAAUACAGGAGAACAGAUUAUGCCAUUACUUUCUGACAAGUGAGUUUUCUUUAGACAGCUCUGAUUGAUUAAGGAAUGCUCAGAGGGUAAGAAUGUUACUGAUCUUAGGUAUGAAAAUCUUUCCCUUUAGGGUAGGCACUAACUAUGAAAUAGGCUUUGGGUUUGAGGACCUGACACUUCAGGGAGGUGUCCCAGAAGAGCAUAAUCUCCCCAGAACCAUAUUUUAGUCUUGCCCUGGCUGAAGGGUUGUCAGUCCUGGUGUGGUGUGACCGUGGGCAUCCUUGUGGAAGCAGAUGUUGGGGUGUUUAUACCAGCUAAUAAAUCAUGUGGACACUUUAGUGCCCUUUUAAAGGGCCUGCAGACACGACUCUGUCAUGGGAAGGACCACCUGGUCUUGCCAGCGAGCCUGAGACAGAGCAAGAGAUUCUCAGUUGCCUGUGGCAGGUGAAGGAACCAGAGCUGAAGUCCCACAAAACCUACAGACAGCUCGAUUUCUGAGAGAUCCACUGCUUCAGGCAGGCAAACUGAAAACAGCAUUCCCAAGAAGCAAAAGCUUUUUCAGGAAGAUUGUGGCAUUCCAGAAUUGACAAAAUAAAUAGUUUAUCUUGAAUAAA